AUGAAGUUUGCGAUCUAUCUGCCUCCAAAUGCUGAGACCGACAAGUGUCCCGUCAUGUACUGGCUCUCUGGCCUGACGUGCACGGAGCAGAACUUCAUCACCAAAGCCGGCAGUCAGCUCGUCGCCGCGGAGCACGGCAUCAUCAUCGUAGCUCCGGACACCAGCCCACGUGGAUGCAACAUUGAAGGGGAGGAUGAGAGCUGGGAUUUCGGGACUGGUGCUGGUUUCUAUGUCAACGCCACCCAGGACCCGUGGAAGACCAACUACCGCAUGUACGCCUAUGUCACAGAGGAGCUCCCUAAACUGAUCAACGCUAACUUCCCCACCGACCCAGAGAGGAUGUCCAUCUCCGGCCACUCCAUGGGCGGCCAUGGGGCGCUCAUCUGUGCUCUGAAGAACCCUGGGAAAUACAAGGCUGUGUCUGCAUUCGCUCCCAUCUGUAACCCGAUGCAGUGUCCCUGGGGACAGAAAGCUUUCUCGGGAUAUCUGGGCUCUGAUAGGUCCACAUGGGAGGCGUACGAUGCUACUGUGUUGGCGGCUUCGUAUUCUGGCCCUCAGCUCGACGUCCUCAUCGAUCAAGGCCGAGACGACCAAUUCCUGUCAGCCAGCCAGCUUCUCCCCGACAACCUGAUUGCCGUCUGCUCCGAGAAGAAAAUCCCCGUCGUCUUCAGGCUGCAGCCGGGCUAUGACCACAGCUACUUCUUCAUCUACUCCUUCAUGAACGACCACAUCAAGCACCACGCCAAGUACCUGAACGCCGCAACUGCCACCACAGUUUGACCCGUCAGUCCGGU